AUGCCUCCAGCAAAUCAACAAUCUCCAGUCUCUCCCCAAGCACCCAGAACUUCUGCAUCCAAGUCCAAAAGGGCUGCAAAGUCUGAUGCAGCCCCUUCUACUACAAACAUUGAUGAGCCAGUAAACUCUGAGGCUCAUUUAAACUCUGAGGCUCCAAACUCUGAUUUUCCAGUAAACGCUGAAGCUGCUUCUCCUCAAAAGCAGAAAAGAAGAAGAUUGGUUGCAGCCUAUGAUUAUGAUGAUCUUGAACCUGCCCAUGCUGUCAACUCUGAACCUAUUCCUACACCAAACUCUGAUCCUGUUCAAGCCAGUCCUCAAAAGCCAGCUCGAUUCAAAAGAAGGGCUCAAAAGCCUGCGAGGGCAAAAGUUCCAAUCACUGAAAUAACAGACUUCACAGUUGAGGAAGAACAAACACCAUCAACUCCAGUAGCUGAAAAUUCUCAAGCUCUGAUGGAGCAAACCACAGCUGAAGCUGGAGCAAACAUAUCUGAUCCUCAUACUCCAUUAUCUGAUCAUGGACCCUCCACUCAAAUUCCUAAUUCUCCAAUGAAAAUUCCAGAGGGUGCCAUAGUUCAUGAUACAGCUCCAGAAAACUACAGAUCUGAUUCUGAAGCUCAAGAAAAAUCUGCUCAAGAUACUGUGGAGAAAGUUGCUGAUCCUAUUCCUGAAACUGAUAAAGCAAACUCUGAUGCUGAUACUGAUGAUGAUGAUAGUUCAGAUACUGACAAGGAUGAAGAUGAUGGAAACCUCAAAAAGAAAGAUUAA